AUGGGUGGCCAUGGCGACGACUCACAAGAUGCCAUUGCAGCUUUGCAAGCUGCUGUGGAGCGCUUGGGAAAGGCUCACGACUUCCGAGAACUCACGGCAGGGCGGCAGGAGUGUCUGAGGCUAGCAGCACAACUCAGAGAUUCGCAUGCGGAAGGCAAGAGCAACGUAGAGAAACUGCUCUCUAUCAACAAGGUACUGCAUCAGGAGCUACGAAGAGAACGACUAAGAGCUGAUUCCUCUGACAAGUCACGGUAUCGAAUGUGCUUCAGUCGUGAGAAGGAGACAGGGGAAGUGGAUUUCACCAUCCAGCCUGAUGCGAAAGGAUCUUCACAUGCUGCAAUUGAAGAACUGCGCAGUCAGCUGGCUGAUGAUUCAUCAGCACUGUGGAAUGGUACCCUCUCCAAAUUUGCAAGUCACAUCGAUCGUUUCAGUGCGAUUUUACCAUCGCCGCACUGCUUGUGGACACCAGAGCAGAAGGUUCUCCAGGAGCCUUCCAUCAGCCAGAAGGUCUUCGAAGACCUGCACGACUUGGAGGGAAACCCUGAGCACCGGGAAAGUUCUGAUGAUGAAGUUGAUGUUCGAAAACGGCCAGAGUAUUGGGGUGUUCGGGUGCGUGAGUUGGCACAAUUUCACCAGACCAUUCGUGAAGAACUGGUGGCCUAUUGCGCUGAUCAUAUGAUGCGCUUUGGUGCCAACGGUUGCGUUCACUUAUGCAAAAAAGGCUCUUGCAAGUGGGGAGACCACUCUGGCAUUCAACAUCAGAAGCUGGAAGACAAGUCCGGCGCGAGCGAACUCCUUCCCAACAUGCAUGCUGUGGUGGCUCGAUAUGUCAAGCCUCAAACGAGGGAUGUGGGGAAAUCAUGGGCUCUGAAGCUGCAUCCAGAAGGGCUUCGGAUCACACAUUUCAUCACUCACACUUGGGAGGAGCUUUUUGCAGAUUUUGUCGGCAGUUUGGAGCAUGCUCUUGAUGCUGAAGAUGUAGUUUGGGUGUGCAGCCUGGCUCUGGAUCAGAACGCAGACAUCGGGAAACUUCUAAAUGUGGAGCUCUCCAAGUCUCCGUUUGCCUUGGCACUGCAGCGUGCAUCAAAACAGCUGGUGGUCUUGGAUAGGGAUUUGAAAGUUCCACGGCGGUCUUGGUGUGCUUACGAGCUGGCCCUUGCUACCCGGUUCUCGAUGCCGGCGUUUCUAUGGCCGCAUCCGAAGUCGAACAUCGAGAAGCUCAAAGCAGAAAUAAAAUCACUGGAUUUGCGAAGUGCCUCCGCUAGCAGCCUGGAUGAUCAGGAGAAGAUAUUGAAGGAUAUUCAAGAGAAUGAGGGCUACGAGAAGCUGAACGCUAGAUAUCGGUCGUUGCUGCAGCUCACUCUCAAUUUCUACUCCUCUGCUAUGAGCCAGGUGGCCGCUUUGUCGGCACAGAUCCAAGAAGCUGUCAAAGGGAAGGAUUCGGAAAGAGAGGCCCAGCUGCUCCAGCUGCGUCGCUUCGAGCUGCGGCGCUUGGAGGAGACGCACGGCGCGGAGCAACGCUGUGCCAUGCUGCAGGCACGCUGCCGAAGCCUGGAGCAGGAGCUGGAACAAAUGCGGGGCUUUGUGCGUUCUGUUGCGAAAGCUGGGGUCCACAAGCAUCACAAGCACGACGAUAAGCAUGCGGAGGACUGGAUGCUUGCUGAAACGGGCAGGGAACAAGACCAGCUCCAAGAACCACCUGUCGUGAAGUCAUCGAGCUGUUGCAGUUCUGUACCCCUCUUCAAUCGUAUGUGA